AGCAUCACUCCCACACACAUCGAUUUUCCUCCCCUCUCCCACCUCGCACACCCCAGCUACUCGCUCCCAGGGUGAGUUACUGCUCCACCUGGAGGCUGUGAAGGGGGCAGAGGAUAGAGUGGACGCCUGGGGGUAGCGGCGUGGUGCUGUGUACAGUAUUUCCUCACUGAAGUUUUGUUAUUAGUCUACCAAAGAUGGAGGGCAAUGGUAGUAAUUCAGGUCUCAACAUGGAGUCCAUAUGCAGUGCAAGAGGUGACAAAAAACAAGAUCAGGUACUGCUUCAGCCCUUCAUUUAUGUGCUCCAAGUUCCUGGGAAGAUGAUCAGAGGAAAACUUGCUCAGGCUUUCAAUUAUUGGAUGAGGAUUCCCGAGGACAAGCUUAUGGCAAUAUCAGAAGUUAUCCAUAUGUUACACAAUGCGAGUCUCUUAAUAGAUGACAUCGAGGACAGCAGUGUGCUCCGAAGGGGCAUCCCUGUUGCCCACAGCAUAUAUGGUGUUGCUUCAACAAUCAAUUCGGCUAAUUAUGUUUAUUUUUUGGGUCUGGAGAAAGUUCUUACCUUAGAUCAUCCUCAGGCAACUACAGUAUUCUGCGAACAGUUGCUUGAACUCCACCGAGGCCAGGGGAUGGAAAUAUACUGGCGGGACUCCUUCACAUGUCCGUCUGAAGAGGAAUACCGGCAAAUGACUAUCAAGAAGACUGGUGGACUUUUUGGCUUGGCUAUUCGUUUAAUGCAGCUCUUCAGUCAGGUUCAAGAUGAUUUUUCUACUAUCACAGGAAUUUUGGGGUUGUACUUCCAGAUUCGUGAUGAUUAUGCAAAUUUGUGUAUGAAAGAGUAUAGUGACAGCAAGAGUUACUGUGAAGAUCUGACGGAAGGAAAAUUCAGCUUCCCUGUUAUUCACGCAAUCAGAACACAGCCGGAUGACCAACAAGUUAUCAAUAUUAUCCGACAACGUCCGAAGGACCUAGAAGUGAAGAGGUAUUGUGUAUCCCUCCUUGAAAAGUUUGGAUCUCUACAACAUACCAAAGAAACAUUGAGGACAUUGGAGAGUGAAGCUCGGGAGGAAAUUCGGAGACUAGGUGGAAAUCCUCAUUUAGAGAAAGUUAUGGAUGAAUUACGAAACUGGGAAAAUUUGUAAUUACAGUAAUGCUGAUAUCAGGGUUUUGCCUCUGGCAUGUAGCCUAAUUCAGUGCUCAGUUGAAAUAAAUACAUUUCUUUUUACUGUACAUGUGUAAGUUAAUUUAAACUUAUUAGUUUAAAAGGUAUAAAUUUUGUUUUAUACAAAAUAUAAUCUAUUGCCAAAGUUUGGUAUAAUGCUGUACAUUUCAAUAUUUAUUUUAUAUGUUCUACCAAUUAUUAUUUAUGAGGACAUUUUAAAAUUUUACAAUGGUCAAUAUUCUAAUGUUUGUAUUAUUUUUGGGAGAAUUUGUUUAUUUCAUACUUAUACAGUAGAACUGUAUAGAUUGUUAUCUGACAUGUAUAUGUUUGCUGAAAAUGCUUUAGAAUCCAAGGAAAGCAAAACUGAAGUCAUUCAUAUAGUACCAGAUGCAUUAGGCUUAAUUAUGAUUAGUAUUACUUGUCAACUUUUUUUAUACAUAUCUCGAGGGUCUUGAUUUUGUAUAUUAAUUUUAUAAAUACAGCCGAGUGAUACCAUGAA